CGCAGUGACUUGUCAUUGUGGGCCUUUACUGUUUUGGAAAUGUAAAUGUUAUGCUUGUGAUGGGCGUGUUCUUGACCUGUAUAAAUAGAUGUGGCGGAAGGGCCACAUGCAUCAGAUCAUAGGGAAGCAAGGUGGAUAUAUGAUACGUGCGUAGUGGUCGUCUAUUCGAGUUCUCUGCCACGGUCUUCAGCGAACAACGUGCCUUUUCGUCCAAUUUUACAGAACUAAAAAUAGAAAUGCAGCCAGACAAGUUGCUGCAGGUCAGCAGAACCUCUUUCUCUGUGGCAGACAUCCUGGAUCCGUCUAAAUUCACUGGGAGACCAAACAUUACUCAUCCAAACCAUGGUUCAAUUCAGAUUGACGCAGCGAGAGGGACUACAGGUGGGGCAGCCAUUACUGAACGCCAAUCCAGAGUAGAGUUCCCAAGUGGUCCAGCAGCCAGUGAAUGCUCCACCACAGUGGAAUCAGCAAUGUCGCCGGUAGUGAGCGAGGCCCGUCCUGCAUCUGCAUGCCAUUGCCCGGAGAGGUCAAAGGGCAAGUUGCGGAGGGUCCGGACAGCGUUCACCCUGGACCAACUACGCAUUCUAGAACAUAGUUUCCAUAGCAGCCGCUACCUGUCUGUCUUUGAGCGCUACGCUGUUGCUUCGACACUCUGUCUCACGGAGACCCAGGUGAAGAUCUGGUUCCAGAACCGGCGCACCAAGUGGAAGAAAGAGUGUGAGGGGAAAGGGGUGCCUGAAGAGCACCGCCAGUGUGGGGUCGAUUACCCCUCACCGCCUCCUGUCUAUCCUACAACCCUGCCACUGUACAACACUAUGCGUUGUCACCAGGGACCACAGACUCAACUAUUCACGCCACCGUGCUUCCUCGUUCCACAAUACCACCGUCGUCCGUAUUAAAUGAGAAAGGAUGUAGCCUGUUUGGAAGAGCUAACGUUGGUGUUUUGUAAGGAGAUUGAAGUCGGCGUUCACAGUUUAGAUACUGUAACCUGCCCUGUCCUAAAUGUAUUUGUGCAAUAUACUAUAGUCCACUGUAAAUGAAUGUAAGUAUUUAUAAAUGAGUUACUAUUUAUGUGCUGUUUGAAAGCCAGUGGGAAAACUAUGCCAAGCGAUCCUGUAAUGUGCCAAAGGAUUAUUACUGUGACAUGUUAACUGAUAGGCUUAUCUUUCUUACUGUUUGAAAGGUUUGAACUCAUUUUGAUACAUUUCCCAUGAGCAUGAAAUAUUUUUGUACUGUACCACGAGUGUUCUUCCAAAUAAAACAAGUCAAUAAAUCCUGCAUUUAUUAUGCAAGAAAGACACACGCACAGAUGGAACGGAAAUGAUCGUAAUAGCCGCCAGUCCUUCUAGUGGUUUCCUGGUCUCUGAGACGGCACCACUCAGAUGAGGAAGGUGUGCAACCCACCACAUGCUCUUGUGUUCUCGUCGAUGGCAAAGGGUUAUCAGAUCCCCUCCCUCACAAUCACCAACCCCAGCAGAAUCAUCACUAAGGAGACGCAGCUAGUAAAUAACCCUUGUUAUGCUUCUUAGGUUUUCUUAAUAUGGAUCCUCAAAGAGAAGCAGCUGUAAAUGUUUAGGGUAGCCCUAAUAUGGCAAUUCCGAACACUGCAAUCUGACUUCCAAGUGUCACUCAAAAACCAAAGAGGAACAGUAAAAUAACAGACACACCCAUUGGUUGUAAAUCGCUCUUUGGCUUGGUUGUUUCACAGCGAUUUCCUUGUACUUUGUCAUGUAGCCAAGGGGGGACAGACAGUCCGAGACGCAAGUUAGAGAGCACUUCAAGUUGUAAGGGAACUCGUUGGCACUGCUCUCUGAGAGCAGUGCCACUCCACUGAGAGAGAGAGGUCUCUCUCUGACAGAAUAUUAACCUAUGCUCUUUUAUAUGGACAAUCUUUCCAUGUAAUAAUCUCUGUCCAUUAAACAGCACUGUACAGCCAUCUGAACUAAAGCACAUUGUUCUGUUCUGGAGAUCUUUAAGAGAAGCAGAACUCCUCCUUGACCACCAGGCACCCCCUCCAGCACCACUAUUACAACCAGAUGGAUCCACCGCAGAAGAAUGCGCAACGUUAACUCAAACGG